UCUAUUUGUGUGUGGUGUUGUGGCGCUUCUCUGUGUGAGCGCGAGAGAAAGGGAAAGGGAGUGUGUCGAAAGAAGAAGGAGCGCGAGGGCGCGUGCGGGAGGAGAGCGGCAUUUUGUCGCGAAUGGCGGCGGCGACGUUUGGUGACUUUGACUUUGUUGCGUAUCAGUAAAACAACAAAAAAAACCGGACUAAGAGGGUCGUUCUGGUGCUUCAAAAUACAUCCGAUAAAGGUGGCAGAGCUGGUUGUGGACAAUUGCCGCUCGAGUGAUGGAGAGAUUGAGGGCCUCACAGAUGAGUUCAAGGAGCUGGAGUUCCUCAGCAUGGUUAAUGUUGGUCUCACAUCACUGGCCAUGCUGCCGUCACUGCCCAAACUGAGAAAGUUGGAACUGAGUGACAAUAACAUCUCGGGCUCUUUGGAGAUACUUGCUGAGAAAUGUCCUAAUCUGACGUACCUGAAUCUGAGUGGCAACAAGAUUAAAGAGCUCAGCACAGUGGAGGCUCUGCAAAACCUGAAGAACCUGAAAAGCCUGGACCUUUUUAACUGCGAGAUCACAACACUGGAGGAGUACAGGGAUAGUAUUUUUGAACUGCUGCCUCAGGUCACAUUCUUGGACGGCUUUGAUUCAGAGGACAACGAGGCUCCAGACUCUGAUGAUGAUGAUGUUUGUGGUGGCUCAGAAGAUGAAGAUGGUGAGGAGGGGGCUGGACCUGUUGGUGAUUAUGAGGACGAUGAGGAUGAGGAGGAGGAGGAUGAAGAAGAAUCAGAGAGUGGAGAGGUUGGCCUGUCCUACCUGAUGAAAGAUGAUAUUCAGGAUGAGGAGGAUGAUGAUGACUAUGUAGAAGAAGAACAGGAGGAGGAAGGCGAGGAAGAGGCAGAUGUUCGAGGGGAGAAGCGGAAGAGAGAGGCAGAAGAUGAGGGUGAAGACGAUGAAGAUGAUGACUAACUCCACAUGUCUGUUAAACAACUUUGAAUAAUGUGUGAUCUUUGCAGAUUGUUUUUCUCUUGUAUACAAUAGCUAUAUCACUGUAGAGGCUAAAUGUUUUCUUUUGAUAAAUACAUAAUAUACUAUAUAAAAGGGGUUUAUUGAUAAUUCAUUUAGAGCCAUUCCGAGUUUUUGUCCCAGCAUGAGAAUCUUGGCAUUCUGGCUGAGUGGUGGGAGGGCAGAGGUCUGUAGGCCGUUUCGGUGUGUCUCCACACCUUUCCCAGAGAACACUGGGACACAAAAACUGGUAGGAAAAUUGAUGCCACAGCCUUGGUGUGUGUAAAGCUUGUGCUCAACCUGCCAGUGACUUCCCCCAAGAUCAUCUCCAAGAGUCGGCCUGCUCCUCAUCUACCUCUCCGGGCAGCUUCAGUCUCAGCCCACUCUCGGAGCGUCGAGCCAAUGAUCUCCAGCUAGCAUCACUCACGGUCCAGGAUCGAUCAACCAAUUCACGCGGAAGAUAUCGUCCAUGGCACUAUCUUUGUAAGGGUUGCCUCCUUUUGCUUCACCUUAAGCCAGUCUUGUUCACAAAGACAGCCCAGAGCGCGAUGUAUGUAAAUGUGAUGUAAAUUAAGUAAAAAGCAAGGGGGGGAGGGUUGGGGAGGAGUGUAGUAUAAAGACUUUUGACAGAAUUCUAACCUAUUUUAAUUGGGAGUUUUUGUAAGCUCAGACAGGACGUCAUGUUAAAAUAAACAAAAACCAUUAAUAAGCAUUUUAUUAUUUCUCCCUUAUCGUAUAAAAUUCAGUUAUCUUUUGUGUGUAGCAAGGCAUUGUUUUAUUUCUUUUAAGAGGGACAUUGCUGGGAAAUUUCAUAUAAUGAUCAGGUUAAAUGGCUUUGUUGAAUUAAUUACUACCCUUAUGAAGUUUUAUUCCUAUUGUUUGGUGUGGAAACGGGUUAGUUUAUUUCUUUUAUGGGGGGGAUAUUUUACAGAAUAGUACCUUUAAACUAAUGUUCGUAUGGCAAUAUGUACAGUAUAUAGUGUAUGUUCAAACUGGUCAAUGUUAGCGUGUGUGGGUUUUAUUUUAUUUUUCCCCCCCAAGAAGCUGUUUGGUUAAUUGUUUUAAUACAAACCAUAUGUCCGAGACUAAAGUCCUUAGAUGCGGGUCCCCUGUGUUAUUUCAAUUUUUUAUUAUUAUUAUCAUUAUUUUUAAGGAUUUGUUUCUGGUUAUUUGUGAGUUGAAUCUCUCUGGAGUGAUUUAAGUUUGUUUGUUUUUAAUGUUUGAUUUCUUCUUAUUUUUCCUGUCCUUUUUCCCCCAUUUUUUUUUUAGAAAACAAAAAAUAAACACAAAAACAUGACAUGAA